CUCACACAGCCAAUCCACACACCCACACACCACCAUGUCGCAAAAACGCAAGCACGCCUCCGUCGCCGACCUCGAAGCCGCAAACCCAACCUCGACCAAGAAACACCGCCCCUUCAAGCCCCGCAAGCCACGCACCGACAAUGACGACAAAACCACCAGCGCAAACGCGCUCAAAGGCCGGAUACGCGACCUCAAGCGGCUCCUCGCGCACGUGGAGAAUGUCCCCAAACACAAGAUGUCGGCCGGUGCGCGGAUAGAGCGCGAGCGGGAGCUGGAGGCGAGCGAGCACGAGCUGGCGGAAAUGACGGCCAAGGCGCGCGAGGGCGAGUACCGGCGGAAGAUGAUUGGAAAGUACCACCAGGUGCGAUUUUUUGAUCGCCAGAAAGCUACUCGCAUACUCAAGCGGCUCAAGAAAGAGCUCUCGACCACGGAAGACGAGGCACAGAAAACAGAGCUGGUGCAGAGUAUACACAACGCUCAGGUUGAUGUCAGUUAUGCGAUAUAUUACCCGCUCAUGAAACCCUACUCGGCACUCUAUCCCAAGACGAAGAGCGGCAAGGCGGAUGAUGCCGAGGCCGACGGAGACAACGCGAAGGACAAGAGCAGCGACCAGGCAGAUGGGCCGAAGGGCGAUGUGGUCAUGUGGAGAGCAGUCGAGACUGCUAUGGAAGAGGGCACGCUGGAGGGGCUGAGGCACAGCAAGGGCGAAGUACCUGCAGCGCCGCCAAAGAAGGACUGGGCCGCAAAGGCGAAGAAGAGCAAGGAUAUCGAAAAGCAAAAGCGUCACGACACUGCAAAGGCCAGUGCCACACGCGAAGAGGACGAGGACAGCGAGGGCGGCUUCUUCGAGUAGGCUCCACAACACGUCAGGGUCGUCACUAAGUUGGGAGCAGAGUUCAUUCGCAUAUAUACCCACGACUCGUCGCGAAUACAAAACCCUCAUACAUGGCCCAUUUCCAUUUCCGUCCUCCAACCAUCACCACCACCAACACACCUUCUCCCACCCCCUACUUCCCCCCAAAAACCCUCACAGGAUGCGCCUCAGUAUUAAACACCCACUUAUCCCCUCCCUCCCCGCCAACAUGCCACUCCCCACCUUCCACCUGCACAGCCCACGCAUACUUCAGCGUCUCAGCAAACCAAUAGC